CUGGACUGACAACUGACUGGUUACUGACUGAUUACUGGACUGUUUGGAGGGACGUCAGUUCGUUUUAUUUCCGUUCUUGAUACUGUCUCGCCACCUCCCCCAAUCAGCUUGCCCUCCAUUGGCCAAACGCCUAAAAAAACUACAUUCCAGUUUAUAUCUACACAGAUUAUUCAAGCAAAGGCCACCAUGGCCGGCGGCCCUAAGCAACCCCUCAACGUCUUCCGCCUCAAUCUGGGCGGCGCGCCCAAGGAAGUCCUCAACUGGCGGCUAUGGUUCGCCGUGCUCUCGUUCGGGCUCAUGGGCGCCGCCCGCGGUGUCGAUGAAGGCCUGAUCACCGGCGCCUUCGACUCGGUCGAUUUCCAGCGCACUAUCGACUAUGAGUCGUACAGCGCCGUCGAGCAGGCCAACAUCAAGGCCAACGUCACGGCGAUGGUGCAGCUGGGCAGUGUCGGCGGCGCCUUGUUCGCCUUCCUUGUCUGCGAUCGCAUUGGCCGCAUCUGGGCAGCAAGAGUGCUCUGUAUGCUCUGGGUGCUGGGAAUCGCAAUCUUCAUGGGUCAUGGACAUAGCUUGGGUGCCGUCUAUGCGGGACGGCUUAUCGCUGGUUUCGGGGUCGGCCAGACGGUCGUUGUUGGGCCGGUCUAUCUUUCAGAGAUUGCGCCCGCUCAGGUCCGUGGUCUCUGUACGUGCAUCUUCACCGGCUUCGUGUACCUGGGCAUCGUGCUCGCGUACUUUGCAAACUAUGGGUGUGAGGUGAACAUGGGCGAUAACACACAUAAGCGCUGGGAAGUCCCAACAAGCCUGCAUAUCAUGUUCGCCGGCCUCAUCUUCCUCCUCUCUUUCCUGCAACUCGAGUCCCCCCGUUUCUUGAUCAAACGCUCUCGCUAUGAGGAGGCCCUCGUGAACCUGUCUAAGCUCCGCGGCCUCCCAACUGACCAUGAGUACGUUCUCGAAGAGCUGAACGGGAUCCGAGCCGCACACGAAGCAGAGAUGGAAGCCACGAUGGGUCUGGGCUGGCUGGGCGUGCUCAAAGAAGCCCUCUUGGUUCCGUCCAAUCUAUACCGAUUGUACCUUGCGGCUAUGGUGCAGAUUCUCUCACAGUGGUCCGGUGCUGGCAGUAUUACGGUCUACGCCCCCGACCUCUUCUCCCUGCUCGGCAUCAGAGGCUCCGAAGAAGGCCUCCUCGUAACCGCCGUCUUUGGGCUUGUCAAGCUCGCAGCAGCCGUGAUCUGCGCCCUCUUCCUCGUCGACGUAAUCGGCCGGAAACGCGCCCUGCUUAUCGGCAUCACCCUGCAGGCCAUCUCGAUGAUCUACAUUGCCGCCUUCCUUACAGACACCCCGGAAAUGGGCGUCGACGACUCCUACAUCCUUCCCGAGUCAAAGAAAGGCUCAUCUCGUGGCGCAAUCGCCAUGAUUUACAUUUCUGGUGUUGGAUGGGCCCUCGGCUGGAACUCCAUGCAGUACCUGCUUACGGCGGAGUUAUUCCCGCUGCGUAUCCGCGCUAUGGCCACGAGCACGGCAAUGACGCUGCACUUUGCGAACCAGUACGGGAACGCGCGCGCUGUCCCGAACAUGCUCCUGCCCACGAGCCACGGUGGGAUUGACCCCAAAGGCACGUUUUGGUGUUUUGCGGCCGUUACGAUCCUGGGCGGGCUGUGGGUUUGGCUUAGCAUUCCAGAGACGAAGGGGAGGACCCUAGAGAGCAUGGAUGCGUUAUUCCAGUUGCCGUGGUGGAAGAUCGGUUUGUAUGGCAAUCGCGAUGCGGAACUUCGAGAUAUGGAGAACGAGAAGGUUGGUGGUCAUGUUGAUACUCGAAAUGAGAUGGAGAUGGCGACUGUCACUGUUGGGGAUGAGGAGAAGAAAGCCGAGGGAAGGGCUGAGAACGUGGAGAGGGUCCAAUAAGGGCGAGUUGUGUCGACAAUGGCUGCUCGUAUAGUGCCAUUAGUACAUGUAUAUAGAAGGAACCAUGCGUUGAGGUUAGAUCGAUUGAUGAGCUUGUCGGUGUGGCUGGUCUGCAUGGAAGUGGAGGCGUCUGUUUGCUAGUAGCAAACUACACUGGUAAUAAC